CGAUAUGGCCGAAAAGUCACCAUGGCCGUUGGUGACCUGGUCUUGAUGACUGGUGCGGCCCUCGUUGCCGGGGCGCGGAACGAAGGCAUGCUCCUCUUUGGACGAGUAUUGUGCGGCCUCGGCGUCGCGCUCUGCCAGGGAAGCUUUGCGGGUUGGGCCGUCGAGCUCGCCUCCGCGCGCACCCGCGGCGCAGCAGUUUGCAUCGUCCAGGUCAGCUACAACCUCGGCGUCUUCAUCGCUUUUUGGGUCUCGCUCGGUACCACCAAGAUCCCUGGCACCGACGCAUGGCGCACGCUCGUGGCGCUGCAAGUCAUCCUGGGCAUUCUCCUCGGCCUCGCCACAUUCUUUGCGCCCGAGUCGCCUCGCAUGCUCCUCAGUCUCGCAAAGGAUCCCAGUGACGCCCAGGAUGGCAAGGUGGUCAAGGCGCGCUCGAAUCUCUGCACCAUUCGUAGGCUGCGCGACAGCGAUCCAGAGCUCCUUCGCGAAUGGAACGAGUUGCAAGCGGCCGCUGAGGUGUUGCGAGCCACCAAGGCCGACUACGCUUUGACGAGGCUCAUCCGUAGUCGCGGCAUGUGGCGUCGCAUCGCCAUUGGCGCUGGCUCUUGCGUCUUUGCUCAGCUCACCGGAGUGGCCGCCCUCAUGCUCUACGGCAUCACCGUCUUCGAGUCGCUUAAACUAGGCGGGUCCACCCUCCCACUCAUCACCAACGGCGUCAGCGGCUCGAUCCAACUCAUCGCAUGCUUCUUUGCCGUCUUCUUUGUCGACCGCCUGGGACGCCGCCGCGUAAUGAUCGUGGGCCUCAUCGUAGCCUGCGUCGGCUACCUCUUCCUCGGCGCCCUCUUCGAGAAGUGGCCGCAAGCCACCAACAAGGGAGCAGGCAUCUGGAUGGUCAUCUGCAUCUUUGCCAUCCAAUGCUCUUACGCCGGUGCGAUGGGCCCCAUUGCGUACUUGAUUGCCGCCGAGAUCUGGCCGCAGCCACUGCGAGAGCUGGGCAUCUCCAUCAGCUUGCUCAGCUUGUUCAUCGCCGUCAUCGUCGUCAACCAGCUCUGGCCGGUCCUGACCGACCUCAUCAAUUACCGACUCUACUGGAUCAUGCUUGGCGUCAACGUCGUGACCCUGACGCUCGUCUGGCGCUUCUGGCCCGAGACCAAAGGGCGAACGCUCGAAGAGAUGGACAGCCUCUUC